AUGCUGCAACUCCGAAAUCGCCUCCUUCCUCUGCUCUGCGCCGCCUCCACGCGACACUCCCCAAUCCACCCCCGCGCAUGGCGCCUCCUCUCUGCCUCCACCACCCUCCCUGUGGCCUUCUCCCUCGAGGACUACCUCGUCGCUGCCUGCGACCUCGCCCCAGCUCAAGCCCGCGAGGUGUCCAAGAAGUUGUCCCGCGAGUUAUUAUCCAAUGGAUCUAGGAGAUCAUUGGAUGAGCUCUCCUACUCCCGCCUCAACUCCGCCUUCAACCCCGAUGCCAUCCUCGCGCUGGCCUCGCCCGCGCCGACAUCGCCACCGUCGUCUCCGCGGACCCGCUGCUCCUCCGCGCUUCUGUGA